CCUGUCGAGCACCCCUCCGCUCAGUCCGACCCGGACGUUCGAGGGAGACGCGUCUGUCUUCCGUGUUGCACGCAGCAGCCGUACACACGUUGUGCGACGUUCUCUCGCGCUCGUUCGCGUUCGUAGGAUUCGUAUUUCAGAGUCAGUUUUCAUCAAUUUGUGUGCUCGUGCAUACGCGUUCACGCAUACACGCGUGAAGAAAGGGAGAAGAGAGACGAAACGAUACCUCGUGCUCGCGGUACACGAGGAGACCAUCCCAGGCGGAAAACGGUGUGCGUCUUGCGUUCUCGUCCAGACGAAGACAUAAACGGAUAUUCAAACGCAUCAUUCAAACGCAGGGUCCGGAAGGGAGAGGAAGAUACACGGGGGAGGGAGGGAGAGAAAGCGAAGAAAAAGCUCUCGCGUCUCUCUGGGCCGCCUCGCCGCCGGCUUUCCACGGCCACGAAUCGAUACCACGCGACCGUCGUCGUCGUCGCCGUCGUCGCGUCGCUCGUUCCUUCCUCUCUCUCUCCCUCUCUCGCGAACGCGUGGCCCUUCUUGCGCUCUUGGCUUUCCUCCUCGUCGGUCCGGGGAAAGUAGCGUUACGCGCGCUUCCUCCGCGAGGAACGCGGAAAGACGCGCGCGUCCACGAGGACGACGGUCGACGUCGGGUUUACUUGCUCGCGACGCGCUUCGGAGUGCGCGACGUAACUGGAAGCUCUCUCGCAGAAACGGCGACGUUGGUCGUCCACUCUGGAUUGUUCUCCCACGGGCGGGACGGUGAUCGCGCGCGAGUAUCCGACCGGCUGGUGUGGACUUUUAUAAGUGAAGCGGUUCAGUGACACGUGACGCUGUCUGUUUUCCUGUUGAUGUGUUCUGUGACGAACAAAUAACGUCGACAGGUGUGGCUACGACAAAUAUCUUCUCAUCGCAUCCACGGAGAUUUUCAAUCGCCUGAUUUAUUGUACAAUGUAGUAAAGCCGGCCCCGGAAGAAAGUUACGUCCAACGAAUUGAAUUCACGGUGCAAAUUGGUGUGUUGGGAAGCAGGAAGGCUGUGAUGAGGGAAGUCGGCUAAGAGGAGCCCGUGUCGCGCAAGCGCCGGUAGAGGAGUGUAGGAAAGAUGCCGCUUUCCUCGAGAGUCUUAUUAAGCCCGCUGCUGCUUCUAAUCAUCGCAGGAAGCACCGGCGCCUUCAGCUCCCGGCAAGGAGAAUGCUCGUUUCCAGCGAGGUGGGAAGGCUCGUGGUUUCAAAGUGGUGUGAGGCAAUCGAUACAGAUAUUCAAGAACGAAUUAUCCACCAAGGGCAAGUGUCUACACAACGAAGGCGACAAGUUUCUCCUAGUAGAUCAGAAAUCAUGCUACCGCUGCGUUGUCAUUCAUGAAAAACACUCCAAUGUUCUCCAAUACAAAGAGACCUAUUGCCACAGCAGGAACUCCCUGGCGUCUCUCUGCUCGUAUAUCACGGGAGAUGCGUUGCUAUAUUCCAUGUUUCGCGAGGAGGCACCCUCUGUACCGUGCCCCUUUCGCGGACCUAUGACCUUUGAGUACAAUCGAGGCCACGGUACGUGUUCGAAUCCACCAAGCAACGUUGACACCUGUACAGACGACAGCAGACUCCUCUUCAAGUAUCAGGCUUGCCCGGACGUAUCCGCUUCGGAGAGCGCAGUGGAGGAACUGGAAUGCCUGGCCACCUGGAAGGAGGGUAGCAGCCGUUACUUGGUCGGCCGCUUGCAUCACGGCCACGCGUCCAGUAACGAGGAUCGAUACCGAUGCUUCGUCUACGAGAAGGCCGGCCAGACGGUGCAGGGUAAUCUGAACAACCGUGCCGCUUUAGGCAUGGGUGCCAUGGAUCACGAAGUCGUCCUGCCGGGCGGACCGGUGCCCGAGGGCACCGCCGAGGUAUACCGGGUGGCGCAGAGCGGCGACGCUACGUGCAACGGUCUGUUCAGUCCUAUGGAGGGCUCCCGCACGAUGACUUUGAGGAAAAUCUCCUCCCCGGGCGAAUGUCGAUUUCCAAAUUGGCUAACCGGACAUUCGAGCGGCGGACUGACCUGGCACACCCUGGACCUCGGCAGAUCCUACACGUUUCAUCCGCGAAACGCCUCCCUGCACGUCGCAAGAUCGAACAUGUCUACGCCGAGCUUCGAGAACGGGCUCGACUUAUACGUGCCCGGAUCGGAGGAUCAGGAUGUGAAGAUCCUCUGCAACAGUAUAAAGCAAGCGAACGUCGCGCAGACCAUGACGAUGACAAUGCUAGUGGCGCACUUCACCAUUGGCUGCCGGAGUGGUUUUAGGUGCAUGACAUUCUACCGAAGAGACGGCCACGUGAUCGAGCUGCAAACGGGAAAUGUAGUACCUAGACCGGAAGAAGCAUGCAGCCCGCCCCAUUUUGUGCAGACCAGCACGCCCUUCCUCACCUUAGUCACGAGCUCUCCGGAACCGCGUACCUGUCCAUACUUGGGUAAAUUCACGGUGACGGACGUGAAUCGGAAUCAACGAAACACGCGCGAGAGCCGUAGAAGCCAACAUCAGCAGGAGUCGCUAAUUAUUCAUCGCGACGGCGAAAAGGUGCGGCACGCUCAGGAGAGGAACGAGGACCGGCGCGGCCGCAAGCUGGAUUAUGAGGUCGAGAAGAGACGCGCCAACAACGAAUACCUGAUCCACGAGAGAAUGGGUCGGCGAGCGCGCUCGAAUCACGGCGGCAACCGGAGCCGCAAAGACUACAGUCUGGAGGAGUUCUCCGCGUCGAGGAGAUCCUCCGAGCUAGAGGAGACGUUCCGAGACUUGCGAAAGCGUGCCCUGCGAUCGAAGACCAGAAGAACGGACGAUCCGACGGAGCAUCGCGCAGAGAACUUGCGCUCCAGAACGAGAAGAUCGCGCGCAGUCGAACGUCCUGAAAAACGUUCGCAAGAUACAAGAUAUGCGAGGGAUCUCGGGACGAUCGGGAGUAAAGAUGAGGUGAAUUCGAGAAACAAGACGAACAGGACGAGAAGACAUCCAAAGAUAGAGGACUUCCAUUCGGACGACGUCGACGCGAUCGAAUGGCCCUGGGCCGCGGAUCCGGACGAUACUUGGACCUCCAGCACGCAGCAGGUGCAGGACGAUUAUUUCGGGGAUUAUCUAGAGGCCGAGAAUCCGCCGCAAAAGAGAUUCGCGCCGGCUAUUUCGGCCGGCAGAGGUAUGACCUAUAAGGACCUCCUGAGGAUAAAGAGGGAACUCGAGGAGCGCGAGACAGACGAGGACACGCCGGAGAGGCGGGAGAAGAGAAACGAGAAUGACUCGAGGUGCAACUCCGAGGUGACGACCUUAACCGUGGGCUGCUCCACGGCGGACAGGAUGGAGUUUCAAAGUGACUGCGUCGACGACGACGCUAUCACCGCCUACUCCUGCCACGGUAGAUGGUUCGACGCCGAGGGCACGCAGUUCGUGAUCGCCACCCCGUUGGGUUCUGCGCGCAGAACAGCGUGGUCGAGCAGCGAGAACAACAGGGCGCAGCCCUACAGGAACAGCCGUAGACUGUGCUUUAUGUACAAAGAGAGCGGCGGAGUUGUCAGUUUGACUGCCAGCCCCAUAGCGUGUCAGAGGGGCAUCCCACCGCCCGCGCCGAUGUUGGCCUUCAACGCUACCAGCACCGGUCAAUGCAUGGAAGCGAACGGCGGGCAGAUCGGCCGAUCGAUGUACCUGACGAUCGUCCUGCUGACGGCGGUCGCCGCGAUAUUCAGGUGAUUCUAAUCGAAAGCGCGACAAUUAUUCAAAAUCAGCUAAGAAUCGGACUCAACAGCGGUAUCAGACACUCAGUGAUUGUUAUAUAGAAGAUAUUCGCAACAGUGAUCGGCCACGGCGCGAUACGAUCGAUUGGCCGACUAAUCGAUCGAACGCCUGAGCCAACGAGAAAGUUGUAGAAAAAAAAGAGUGCGAUUUCAGACCGUGAAUGAAAGAGACGCGAGAAAAGAGAAGCCAUCGACCGGUUUGGAUACUCGCGUUCGUGGCUGUUAGUUUGUUCGAACUGUCGGGAGAAACUCGCGUUCGCAUAAUCGUCGACGUGAACAAGAAGGAUAAGGAGCGACAGGAAAAGAAUGACGCAUGCGAAGAAUCAUCUCGCGAAGAGCCGACGGGAGAUCCGAAGAAGUCGGUGCUUGCCGAAUUCCCACGACGACUCCGAUGUGCUCGAUUUUGUCAAGGAAAAUCACGAAGAAUCGCGUCGAAAAGGCACACAUCGACGACGUGGCGCACGAUUAAAGCGAUCGGGCGAGUAGUACGAGCGUGAGUUUUCUCCGACCAGUAGUUUUUUUACCGGACGUAGCGCGUAGGCACUAAAAUUGACGUCGGGCGAAGCUAACGAAGUUAUUAAGCGAUUUUCAUGGGUUAGACCAUAUCACACGAUCGGUAUCGCGAACGAUCGGCGCGGAUCCCGCUCGUGGACGCGAAGGGCCGCGACUCGUCCCCGUAGGUUCGAUCGUCCUAGAGUCCUCCCGUUCCAGCCGGCGAGACGCGCGAGAUCGUUUUUUAAAACGGACGGAAGAAAACGAUCGGAAAAAAGACUAUAUCCUCGAUAAGUGUUAAAAAAAAAGAGAAAGGCGAAAAAGCAUUUACUCGGUAAAUAUUUUCUUCGCCGGGCGAACGCUCAUUUCUUUGCUCAUUCUCGGGCAUGUACCCUCUCAAUAAAUACCGAGUAAUCGACGAAUACGCGUGUAACAAUUAUAUCGAUAAUUACAUUGUAAUAUUCGCGGCGCGCGCCGCGCGCCGCACUGUCGUUCUUCGACGGAUCGAGCGGACCGCUCCCGCACGUCCUGACAAAGCGACGAAGAAUAAAGGAAAGUGAUCGGUGAGUCGCUCGUCCUUCGAGAAGCGAAACAGAGAAAAUGGGACAAUGAUUUUUAAUUGGCAUUAUGAAAUCCUCUAACCGAAAAAAAAUGUAUAAUAUUAUUUCAUUGAAGUUUCAGAAAUUAAAAAAAUCAAGAGAGUUUCAGAUAAAAUUAAAGUUUCUGGCUCACAUCUUCAAAGCUCGCGGCUCACCGCAUUUUUCUUCAUUCACGCGUCGAGAGGCCGCCGAGAAGUCGUGCCGCGAAGGAUUCCUUCGCGCGAAAAGCAGACGUGUGAUCUUUUGAUCUAUAUUUUCGCCUCAUUAGCAUCUCGUUAGAGACGCGACGUGAACGCCGCCGCGCUCGAUCCCGAGUUUCCUUCGUCGGGGAUGAAGAUCGCGUGCGACGUCACCGUAAAGUCCGAGGGACUACCUUUAACGUUAAACGCGCGGUGACGACGUCGAGGUCUUUGUCUCCCGAGAGCAAUCGAUCAGCUUAAUCGCUACGGGAUGCGCACGGACGACGUUUCCUCCGCGACCUGCUCGGCGCGAAACGUUAACGUUAAGCAAUAAGCAAUAAAGACACACGACAUGUAUACAAAGACACAAACAUAUACAGCGGCACGCUCGAGAGAAUGAUAACGACGAGGAGUAAUCAAGCGUGUAGAUGUUAACUCGAAGAAAGGAACGUGAUUAAUCGGUUCCGUUUUUCGCGAUUACGUGGACAAAGGAAGGCCGGACGCGACGUGUAGGAUGCUACGAUAUUAUUGUAACUAAUACAGAGUCUAUAUUAUAUUAUUGUACAACCAUCUUUGUAAUAAUUAAGCUGUAAUCGAGUAACGAGAGACGCAGGAGGAAAGACAAACAAAGCGGAAGUUAGGGACAACACGUGAAGAGAGCGUGAGUGAGAGAUGAAGUGUGCGUGCGUGUGCGAAAGUGAAAGAGAGAGAGAGAGAGAGAGAG